AAACUUUCGACCGACUGGAAUUUAGAAAUAGAAUAAGGAGUAGUUAUAAAUCAACUGUUAUCCAUUCUAUCUUUAUUUUCUGUUUUCCUUUGAAUAUUGAUAAACUCUAGUUUAUUUUUUGUCCCUACCUUUCAUUUAUGAGUAUCAACACCAAUACUCAUCAUUAAAUAUAGGUAAUACACCAGUGGAUCCAUAGAUUAUAAAUUAUCCCUAAGACGGUUGUUAUAACCUCUAACUUAACCUCACCUGUAUAUACAGGGUGUCCACAAAGUCUGGGUACAUGGGGAUUAACACAGACUUUAAGAAAUUAUUUCUUAUAUUUAAUUCUUUAUGCUAUGAUUUUAUUUACUCCAUGUACCCACAUGGGGGAUUAACACAUACUUUAAGAAAUUUUUAUUUCUUAUAUUUAAUUGUUUAUGCUAUGAUUUUAUUUACUCCAUGUACCCAGACCUCGUGGACACCCUGUAUAUCGUUUGUGUGGAGGAGCAAUGACUCAGUGGUUAGGGCAGUGGGCUCGCGGUUUCGAUUCCCGGACCGGGCGUUGUGAGUGUUUAUUGAGCGAAAACACCUAAAGCUCCACGUGGCUCCGACAGGGGGUGGUGGCGAACUCUGCUGUACUCUUUUACCACAACUUUCUUUCAGUUUCUGCUCCACCUAUAUUUGAAAGGGCCAGCUUGCCACACUCUGUGUCACGCUGAAUGUCUACAUUAAGGGUACACAUGUCUGUGGAGUGCUCAGCCACUUGCACGUUAAUUUCACGAGGAGGCUGUUCCGUUGAUCGUAUCAACUGAAAUCUUCAUCGUCGCAACCGAGGAAGUGCCACGAUAUAUCGUUUGCAAAAAUAUAAAUCCGAACUCUAAGAUGUAGAGCAGUAUAUAUAAAAAAUGGAGAAGGCCAGUUUAUGGGAUUACCUUAGGUUUCCCGUCCAUAAAGGAUUUAGCUUUAUGGCGUAUAGUCAGAUCCCAAAAAUCUGUUGGCCCAUGACUUCUUAAAAACACGGAGGGGAGAAAUAAUAUACAUUGCUUCUUCUUUCGGAUUUAUGAAAUUUUGAAUUUAGUUCACGGACUCUCAGUGCUCCCUACCAAAGGUUGGGAACCAUAGGGUUAGGCUGUAUUGUGUUCCGAUUUAGAGAGUAUGUUAUAUUGUGAUAUUUUGUUUCCUUAUAAAACAUCCUGUAACAUGAUUUAACAGGAAGAUCGUUAUAAACAAUGUUUUCAAAUUAAGUCGAUUAAUUACAUAAACAGAAUAUACGUAAUUGUGCUUAUUAAGGCUAAAAAAACAACAACAAAAAAACAUUCCAUGCUCGAAGAAAAAUAUUUAUAAGUAAACAUAUAUACCCCGUUGGCUCUGCCGACAACAACAAAAAAGAAACUUCAAAAACAAGCAAUGAACCGAUAGUUUAUAACGAUAAGGAAAAGCAACAUUUCAGAUAUGUCGUAUUUUUAAAGUGAAAAUGAGAAUUUCUAAGAAAAGUACCUCCUACUUUGACAUCCUUCUACUGCUAUAGACAUUGAUGUCUGUUAUAGCAAGCAUUACUUAUUGUGCUUAUUUGUCAAAGUCUAUGACGAUGGAUCACUUAUAGCAACUCUGUAUUUAUAUACAAUUAUAUAUAUAAUCAAUAAGUACUUUAAAAAUGUUUUACUUGUUACUUCUUCAGUACUUGGUACUGUUAGCAGGGACUGAUGCUACUGAAUCUCCAUAUGAAAUAUUCAGGAAUGAUGUAGAAAGCAUUGUUGUCACCAUGAAGUCUCCCCAAGAAUACUGGAAAGUGACAUGUUAUUCUUCUCGAUACAAUAUGACAUGGUCACUUUGUAGUAUAUUAUUUAAGAAUGAUACUUAUUAUGAAUUUGAAACCUUUGGAAAGCUGCAUUUUUGCUUCAAUUUAACAUUCUCCAAAAAUGAAAUUCUGAAUGAAAUCAAAUGCUACCGUAAAUUUGCUAUACCGAUUCGUCUUCGCCCUCUCCUGGACAUUCAGAUUUCAUCUUCAGAAACAUCUGACCCUUAUAAAACAUCACUAAAGUUGGAAAUAAUCCCAUCUUCUAUGAUAACAGCGAAUGUGUAUUACACAACGUACAGAGUUAAGUAUCAGUCUGAAUGGGAAACCAAAUCACCUUGGAAGGUAAGUCAAUUUUUAUGAGUUGACAUUUAAAAACUUUCAUUUUGGCAUGGCUGUGUGGUAAGAAGUUUGCUUCCCAACCAUAUGGUUUUAGGUUCAGUCCCCACUGUGUGACACCUUGAGUAAGUGUCUUCUAUUAUAGCUCUGAGUCUUGUGAGUGGAUUUGGUUAAUGGAAACUGAAAGGCGCCUGUCAUGUGUGUGUGGUAUAAUUAUAUUCAGAGGUGUAGCUAGGGUGGGGCAAGCAGGGCACAUGCCCUGGCUGCCACUUUGAGCGGAGUGCAAUUUUGGCCAAGAUCAUUUUCUAAUUAAGCCAUUAAAAAAAGUUUUGUUUGAGUGAAGUGUGCAAUUUUGAUGCUUGCCCUGAAUACUAUUUACUCUAGCUAUGCCCCUGACUAUAUGUGUGUGCAUGUUUGUCUGUCUGUCCCCCACUCACUGUUUGAUAUCUGGUGUUGGUUUGUUUAUGUCCCUGUAACCUAGCAGUUCAGCAAAAGAGACUGAUAGAAUAAAUAGUCUGAGACCAAAUUCUGCCAAGGUCAAUGUUUCCUGUCAUCUUUUCAGGGUUGAUAACGUAAGUACCAGUUAUGCACUGGGU